AUGAAAAUAAUAUCUUGGAAAAAAACCAAGAAAAUUGAAUGUAAAAUCACUAUCAAUAAUGGAUGGGAUAAUAUUAAUAAUAAUAAAAUAUUAAAUAAUUGCAUCACACAUAGAAAUUUUAAAAAAAUAAAUGUUUUAAAAAUAAAAAAAUCUGAACUAGAUAAAUCAUUAAAUAUUCUUGAAUAUAUUCUCGAUAAAAAUACUAAUACAUUUAAAUCAUUACCUGAAAACUAUGAAAAUGAUAAUAUAAAUAAUUUAAAUGAUGAUUGGUUACCACGCGGUGCUCGAAAAAAUGAUCUUUUAAAAGCAAUUUCGGAUAAAAGAAAUACUUUUAGAUAUAAAAUAAAUGAACCUAAUAAUGAAUUUGAUGAUGAUGGGUUACAUCCAGAAAUAUAUCAAAAAAUAUUAAAAUCUCUUAAUGAAACUCAGGAAUGGAAAUUUAACAAAUGGAAAAAUAAAGUCACACCAGAAUUUUUAAAUAUUUUUUUAAAAGAUUUUCUUAAAAGAAAAGGUGAUGAAAAUUUACAAGAAAAAAAUCUCGAUAAAUGGUUAAAAGGUGAAGAUUCAAUACCUGAUCAAGAUAAAUUAAAAGGUUAUACUUUAAUUGAUAAACCAAAAUAUAAAAUAAAAAUUGCUGAAAUAAUAGAUUCUAAAUUUACUGGAAAUAUUAUUAAUGAUUUUGAAAUAAGUGGUGCUGAAGUUUUAAAAAAAGAAGCUGAACUUGAUAAAUCAUUAGCUGGCACAUAUUUAUUACCAUAUGUUUUUAAUUUAAUAGAAUUUGAUCCUGAUGAAUUAAAAAAUAAUGAUGGAAGUUAUAAUUUUGAUAAAUUUGCUAAAGUUAAAGAUACUAUAAUAAAACUUAAAAAAGGUGGUGAAAUUAAACGUAAAUUAGUUGAUAUAGAUGGACAUGGUAUUCUUCCUAUAUUAACUGGAGGUGGUAAAACAACAAAAUUAGUACGAUGUUUAUUAACAUGUAUUUUUCCUGGUAAACAUAUUAUAUUAAUUACUCCAAAUAAAGAAUUGGCUGCUGAUGCUGAAAAUCAUCAUAAUACUUGGUUACAAUAUUCAAAAGGCAUUCCUUACAAAUGUGUUAUACAUGGUAAAAAAGGAGAAUUACCUUAUAUAGUAAAAAAUGGUGAAUUAGCUUCAUGGAUUAAUGGAAAUACUAAAGAAAAAAAAAGUUUUGCUGAAACUGGAAAAUCAACUUUAUCAAUAUUACAAUUAUAUCAUUUAGUUAGAUAUAUAGCAUGUGAAAAGGUUAAAAUUAAUGAAUUAAAAGAUCCAAAAAAUAUUUAUAAUGAUUUUGAUAAAAUAAAGAUUAAUAUUAAAGAGAAAUUAAUUGAUAAAGAUGAUACUAUUAUAAUAUUCGAUGAAGCACAUUUCCCUAAUACAAGUUAUCAAGUAGUACAACCUUUAUUAAUAAGAAUGGGAUACAAAGUUUUACUUAUGAGUGCUACAUUUCCUAAAAAAAAUUUUUCAAUUUCAACAUCAAAACCUAGAGAAGUUUAUUCAAUAACUAAAUUUGGUAAUCAAACAGAUUGGGAAAAUGAAAAAACAUUAAUAUUUCUUAGAACAACUGCAGAUGAAUAUCCUAGAAAAAUAAAUGGUGAAGAAGAUACUGAUGCUGAACCAUUGAUUAAAUCAGGAUUAACACCAACUCAAUUUAAAUUAUUAGAAGAAAGUGAUAUUCCAUAUGUAAUGUUUAAUGAUACAAAUUCAUCUGCUGUAGCUGGUAUAAUAGAAGGAAUGCCUCAUGGUUUAUUUUUUGUAAAUAUCAAUCAUGAAAUGGGAAUUAGUCCUGAUGUUGAUAAUGUAAUAUUAACUGGUGAAACACAAUUAUCAAAAUUAGGAAAAGGAUCUGGUGCUGAAAGAUGGAUUUAUGAUGAUAAUGAUAUUAGAUUUUUAUCUGUUGCUAGCAUGGUUCAACAAAUAGGUCGUGUUGGUCGUCUUAAAAAAGGAAAAGCUUUCUUAACUACACAACAAUUAGAAGAAUUAGUACCUACUGAUGAUAUUGUAUUUCAUAUAAUCAAUGGAAUAAUGCUUCCUGCAAGUGAAGAACCAAUGAAAAAAUUAAAUUCAUUAGGUUAUCCAUUUACUAAAAAUAUUACUGAUCACAAAUAUCAAAAUUUUCUUUGGGCUUCAAUCGCAUUUCCUACAAAAAAAAAUCGUCCUGUUGAAGCUGUGAUGGUUGGAGUUAAAGGAAAUCCAAAACCAAGUUCUGCAAAUCAAAUUUGUCCUACAUUUGAUAAUUUACCUGAUCCUGAUGUAAAAGAUAAUAAUUUAUGGACUUUGCAUGUGGAUGGCGAAUUACCACCUCCUGAAUUGGAUAUAGAUAAUAUAAAAAAUAUACAACUAUUAAUCAUCAAAACAAAAUUAAAAGCUAUUGAUAUAAAUAACACUUUAAAAAUUUAUAUAGAAUCUAAAAAUUCUUUAAUUGAAAAAGUAUGGGAUCUUCCAUUUAAGAAAUCUGACACUAUUCCUGAUGAUAAAAAAAAUAUUAUAAUUAAUGAAAUAAAAGGUAUAAUGAAAAAUAUAAUAUCAGAAAAAAUAGAUGUUGAAAAAAUAAAAUAUAAAUCAAGUGAAAAAGAAAAAUUUAACACUGCAAUAAAAUGGUUUAAAUUUUAUAAUGAUCUAAAUAUUAAUAUUCUUAGAACAACUAUCGAUGAAAAAAAAUAUUAUAAUAAUAAUUUAUUCAAUUCUGUAUUGGAUCUUUUUCUUAAUAAUAUAAAUAAUAAUAAUAAUAAUAACACAAAUAAUGAUUUAUUUCAUUUAUUGAAAAAACAAAUAUCAAAUGAAUUAAAUAUAUCAAAUCUUAAUGAUAAUGGAUAUUAUGACAAUUUAAUAAAAAAUAAUAAAAAUAAAUUAAACUCAAAAUAUACAACUAUUCAAGAAAUACGAAAAAAUCAUUUGAACUAUUUAAAAAUUUAUAAUAAUAUACUUUCAUCUAUUGAAAAUGAAUGUAUUAUAGAAACAUUAGAAAAUAAAAAUUUUAUCCAAAUAAAUGAUAAUACUUUUCCUGAAAAAUUAUAUCAAACACUAAAUGAAAAUAAAAAUAAAAAAAUAAUUAAAUUAAAAAAUAUUAUUAAUGAUAUUAAAAUAUUAAUUAAUUCAGAAAAAAAAUCACUUAAUCUAAAAGAUAGCGGAUUAAUAUUUAAUAUUAUCAAUAACGAAAAAUGUUUUAGUGAGAAAACUAAAGCAUCAUUAUACAAUCUUAAAAACAUUAGAUUAAAUAAUGUUUUGAAAUAUGAAAAAAUUAAAAAUGAUAUUAUAAUUAUAUCAGAUAAUUAUGAUUAUAAUAAAUUUGAUACAAAAAAAAUAUCAUAUCUCCCCAAUGAUUUAAAACUAGAAUUAAAUCAUCUACUAAUAAAUAAAAAAAAAUUUUUGGAAAUUUAUAAUGAAUUAAAAAACAUUAAUAAUUGGAAUAAUGAAUUACUAGAUAAAUUAGAUAAUCAUUAUAAAAAUAUUAUAAAUCAACUUAUAAUAGAUAGUGAUAAAAAAAUAUUAGAAAAUAUUAGAAUUGGCGAAAUACAAAAAACUUUAAUAUUUUUAAAAUAUAAAAAAACAAUUGAAAAUGAAAUUAAAAUAGAAAAUUUAAUAAGAAAUAACAAAAAUACAAUUAUAUAUAAUAUUAAUAAUGAUAUAAACAUAAAUCAAUCUCAAAAAAACAAAUUAAUCAAUAAUAUAAUAUCAGAUAAAAUAAAUAACUCUAUGGAUAACUUGUAUGAUGAAUUAUUAAUACAAAUAGAUAAAAAAACAUUUUUUUCUACUCAUAAAACAAAUAUAGUUCAUCUAAUGCUUCAUAAAUUGGAUCAAAGAUAUUUAACAAAUAGAGACAUUAAUACAAUCUUUAAAAAAUUUUUAUCUGAAGAAUUAGAAGAUGCUAUCAUUGAUUAUAAAAAAAUCAAAACAAAUAUAGAUGAUGAUGAUAUUAAAAACAAUUUACAAAAUUAUUUAGAAUUUACACGUACAAAUUUUUUUAUUAAAAAUACUAAAAAAAUAAUUAAUGAAGAAGAUAUGUAUGACUCCAUGAAACUAAUUUCUGAUGUUUAUUUACAAGAAGAAAACAAAACUCGUUUAAAAAGAAAAAAUAUCAAGAAAGAAAAAUUAAAAAUGGAUUUAUUCUUUUCAAAUGAGAUUAAAAAAAUAGCUGAUAUAAUUAAAAAUAAAAUAGUUUAA